GUGAGUCACUUUCUCCCUCUCCUGCCCCCAGCAGCACCACACAGUUGAGGGAACUCCGGCUUUGUCCUUCUCUGUCUGUCCCAGGCUAAUGGUGAGGAGUGAGGACGGCUUCUGCAGUGUGAUUUACUGGCAAGCUGCCAUCCCUUGGACCAUCUCCUCCUCUUAGCUGCAGUCACUUUGGAGAGGCUUCUGUGGAUCCCAGGCAUCUCCUUCCAGUCAGUGACCAGCCUGCAGCUCAAGGCAAGAAGAGCAGGUCUGGUGUCUGGUCCUGUAAAAUGUAGCCAUGGCUGGGCCAGGCAAACGAAUCCGAACCCUUCCAACAGAGCUCAAUAAAGUCUGCCCAGAAGAAGGAGACAGUUACUCCGUUUAUCCCAAGAGCUACUAUGAUCUGGAUGUGGUCUCCAACCUCAGAAGAAGUAACAGCGCUUUCAGCAAGAGCAAGAAGAGGGCUCAUUUCACUCCUGGCGUCAAUGAAAAGGAAAAUCUUAGCACAUGGAUCCCAGAAAACAUUCGAAAAAAGGAAUGUGUUUAUUUUGUUGAAAGUUCUCAGAUGUCCGAUUCUGGCAAGGUGGCAUGUGAAUGCGGCUAUCUCAGGGAGGAGCAUUUAGAGGAGGCCAUAAAACCUACCAUGUUCCAGGGCAAAGAAUGGGACCCCAGAAGACAUGUCCAGGAAACACCAACCAAUGCUUUUGGGGACAUCAGCUUCACAGGCCUGGGGCAGAAGAUAGGGAAGUAUGUCCGCGUGUCCAAUAGCACCCCACCAAGAAUAAUUUAUCAGCUGAUGACGCAGCACUGGGGUCUUGAAAUACCCAACCUCUUAAUAUCUGUGACAGGCGGAGCUAAAAACUUCACCAUGAAGCUAAGAUUGAAGAACAUCUUCCGAAGGGGGCUUGUCAAAGUGGCCCAGACAACAGGUGCCUGGAUCAUCACUGGUGGUUCUCAUGCCGGUGUGAUGAAGCAAGUCGGAGAAGCAGUAAGGGACUUCAGCAUGAGCAGCAGCUUUAAAGGCGAGAUUGUCACCAUUGGGAUUGCCACAUGGGGAACAGUAUACAACCGUAGCAGCCUCAUGAGCCCUAUGGGUAGCUUCCCAGCUGAAUAUGUGAUGGAUGAGGAGACCCAAGGAAACCUUUCUUGCCUGAAUAAUAAUCACACACAUUUCAUCCUAGUGGAUGAUGGCACUCAUGGAAAGUAUGGUGUGGAGAUCCCCUUGAGGACCAGACUUGAGAAGUUCAUUUCAGAGCAAACCAAAGUGAAAGGAGGGGUUGCCAUUAAAAUACCAAUUGUUUGUGUAGUACUGGAGGGUGGCCCUGGAACGCUUGACACCAUCUACAAUGCAAUCACAAACGGCACUCCCUGUGUGAUUGUGGAAGGCUCAGGACGUGUGGCUGACGUCAUUGCUCAUGUGGCUAAUCUUCCCAUCUCCAAAAUAAGCAUUUCACGUAUUCAGAGGAAACUGAGCACAUUCUUCAAGGAUAGCUAUGAGCAGUUCACAGAGAGAAAAAUUGUGGAAUGGACCAAAAAAAUCCAAGAUAUUGUGCGAAACAGGCAACUCUUGACAAUCUUCAGGGAAGGCAAAGAUGGGCAACAGGAUAUUGAUGUGGCCAUUCUGCAGGCAAUGCUCAAGGCUUCUCGAUACCGUGAUCACUUUGGCCAUGAGAACUGGGACCACCAGCUGAAGCUAGCAGUGGCAUGGAACAGAGUGGAUAUUGCCCGAAGUGAGAUUUUCACUGAUGAUCAUGAAUGGAAGCCCUCCGAUCUGCAUCCCAUAAUGGCAGCUGCUCUCAUAGGCAACAAGCCAGAUUUUGUGAAACUCUUUCUGGAACAAGGAGUGCGCCUGAAGGAGUUUGUGACCUGGGAUGCUUUGAUUUAUCUCUAUGAAAACUUGGCAUCAUCCUGUGUCUUCUAUGGGAAGCUGCAGAAGGUGUUGCAGGAAGAGAAAGAGCGCUCAGCCUUCUCCAAAGCGCCCAAGAUCCAGAUGCACCAUGUGUCCCAUGUGCUGAGAGAGCUGCUGGGAGACUUCACGCAGCAACUGUACCCCAAGCCAAAGAACACCGAGCAACACCGUCUCUCCAUCGCUGUGCCUCAUAUCAAGCUCAAUGUACAAGGAGUAAGUCUUCGAUCCCUCUACAAACGUUCCCCUGGCCGGGUCACGUUUACCAUGGAUCCUGUGAGGGAUUUGCUUAUUUGGGCAAUUGUCCAAAGCCGCAAAGAACUGGCUGAGAUUAUAUGGGCCCAGAGCCAGGACUGCAUUUCAGCAGCUUUGGCCUGCAGCAAGAUACUGAAGGAGUUAUCUAAGGAGGAAACGGACACUGACAGCACUGAGGAAAUGCUGGCCCUGGCAGAGGAAUAUGAGCACCGAGCCAUUGGUGUUUUCACUGAAUGUUACCGGAAAGAUGAAGAACGAUCCCAGAAGCUCUUGGUCCGUGUCUCUGAUGCUUGGGGCAAGACCACCUGCCUACAACUAGCCUUGGAGGCUAAAAAUAUGAAUUUUGUGUCUCAUGGGGGCAUCCAGGCCUUCUUAACCAAAGUUUGGUGGGGGAAGCUGAGUGUCGAUAAUGAGUUAUGGCGAGUCAUUGUGUGCAUGCUGUUUUUUCCCCUCCUCUACACGGGCCUCAUCACUUUCAGAGAGAAGAGGCUCCAACCGAUGACUUGUCUGAGCCGCUUCCGAGCCUUCUUUACAACUCCUGUUGUCAUCUUCCACCUCAACAUCCUUUCUUAUUUCACCUUCCUCUGCCUCUUUGCCUAUGUGCUAAUGAUAGAUUUCCAGGCUAUUCCAUCCUGGAGGGAAUAUGUCAUCUAUUUCUGGCUCUUCUCCUUAGUGUGUGAGGAGGCACGUCAGCUCUUUUAUGAUCCUGAUGGGUUUGGCUUUUGGAAAAUGGUUUCCUUGUAUCUCAAUGACUUCUGGAACAAAUUGGAUGUGUGUGCCAUCCUAAUCUUUAUAGCUGGACUAACCUGCAGAUGGAUACCUGCCACUUUGUAUCCUGGAAGGAUCAUAUUAUCUCUGGCUUUUACUAUUUUCUGCUUGCGCUUGAUGCACAUUUUCACAGUCAGUAAAACUCUAGGCCCGAAGAUCAUCAUAGUGAAAAGGAUGAUGAAAGAUGUCUUUUUCUUCCUUUUCCUAUUGGCUGUUUGGGUGGUAUCCUUUGGUGUGGCCAAGCAAGCCAUCCUGAUCCACAAUGAAAAUCGGGUGGACUGGAUCUUCCGAGGUGUUGUCUACCAUUCUUACUUGACAAUUUUUGGGCAGAUUCCUACCUACAUUGACGGCGUUAACUUCAACCCUGAUCAAUGCAGCCCAAACGGAACAGAUCCCUACAAGCCAAAGUGCCCUGAAUACAAUGGGCAGCCCCUCUUUCCCGAGUGGCUGACAAUCAUUUUGCUGUGCCUCUACUUGCUCUUCACCAACAUUCUCCUCCUCAAUCUCCUCAUCGCCAUGUUCAAUUAUACAUUCCAGCAGGUGCAGGCACACACUGAUCAGAUCUGGAAGUUUCAGCGCCAUGAUUUGAUUGAGGAAUACCAUGGGAGACCCCCAGCUCCACCACCCUUCAUCCUCCUGAAUCACCUGCAGCUCUUUGUCAAAUGGGUCAUUCUCCGGAAGCCAGCCACCCGGCACAAGCAGCUUAAAGAGAAGCUUGAGAAGAAUGAAGAAGCCGCUCUUUUGUCCUGGGAAAUGUACAUGAAGGAAAACUAUUUGCAAAUUCAACAGUGUCUACGGAAGCAAAACAAUGAGCAGAAGAUCCAGGAUAUUGCAGAAAGAAUGGAUAAACUGACAGAAAUGCUGGAUUGUGAUCAGGUGAAAAGGACAGGGCUGGUGGAGCAGAAGUUGACAUAUCUGGAAGAGCAGUCCUUCCAGUUUGCAAAGGCACUUCGGUGGGUUGUUCAAUCACUGUCCAGCAGUGGAUUUGGAUCAGAGGAAGAUACUCCUGUCAUAGUCCCCAGUAAAGCCCCUGAGAUGAAGGAAUCUCCUGAAGAUGAAGUCCCAGAAUCUUUCCAUGCCCUGUACCAUGUGAGUGCACGGCACCUCUUGUAUCCAACCUCCAAUGCUAUCCGCUUUCCUGUGCCAGAUGAGAAAGUGCCAUGGGAGAUAGAGUUUGAGAUCUACAAUCCACUCUUCUACAGUCCAGAAAGUCAAGAGAAUGCUGUACCUGAAUUUCUGAGAGACUCACUGGAUAACCUUUCAAAAAUAAACUUCAACACUAUGGAUGGAGACAUCAACAGACAGAGUUUUCAUGGUACCUAUCUGGUCGAAGAUGGCCUGCCAUUGAAUCCCAUGGGAAGGACAGGAAUGAGGGGCCAAGGGAUUCUUCGGUUCUUUGGGCCAAAUCAUGCACUUCAUCCUGUUGUGACGCGCUGGAGGAGGAAUGUGGAUGGAUCAAUUUACAGAAAAAACUUAAAGAAAAUGUUGGAAGUCUUGGUAGUGAAAUUCCCCUUUUCAGAGCACUGGGCUUUGCCAGGAGGAUCUCUGGUGCCAGGUGAAGCACUCCCACAGAAGUUGAAGCGGGUCCUAAGACGUGAAUUCUGGCCACAAUUUCAGAAAUUGCUGAAUCAGGGCACUGAGAUAUACAAAGGAUAUAUGGAUGACCCCAGGAAUACUGACAAUGCCUGGAUAGAGACAGUGGCCAUCAAUGUGCACUUUGAAGACCACAACGAUGUGGAGAUGAAGCGUAUGAACUCGUUUCUCCAGGGCUGUGAUCUUGAGGUGACUGCCCGGUGGCAGGUUGUGGACAAGAGAGUCCCUUUGUAUAUGAACCACAAAGAGCUGUUGCAGAAGGCAUCUGUCCUCCUGGGGGCAUCCUAUUGAGGGUACAGCAGCAUCCUCCCCUCCAUCACUACCCAUCCUUCUAUCUUAUUUUCCUCUGCUCUUUCUAAAUGCAGUAAACCUGAUUAAUACCUUUCCUUCGGGGGCUUUUGUUGCUGCAAUUAUUUUCCCCUCGGUUGAGCCUCACGCUGGAUUUUUUGUGAACGAGACCUUAGAAAGUAAUUUGCUUUAGGCUCGCCUGAAAGUUUGUGUUUAUUUGCCUGUUGAGAGGCAGAAACAUGUUUUCUUUGUACAAACCUUAGCAAUUUUAUAUUGCUUUAUUUCUUAAUUUGUAUCCCUCAAUAUUGCUGGAGCACUGGAUUCCCUGUCCUGCUGUAUCAUCGGCUGUAUUGUCAAAAAGGUAGAAGUAAUAAGAAUCCAGAGCUCUGGUUGGUGCUGUAAAUCAGUGAAAUAUCCAGUGCAGUGCAUUCCUGGUUAGGAUUGGUUAGGCUAAUGGCAUGGGGUCCAAAUACAUUCUCUUCAGACUGCAUGCCCUGCUUCUGAAAAGUCAAUACUGUGCUCAACAUAUAACAAGCAAUUCCCGAAAGACUCCUAGGUCAGAUAGUCAUUGCAGCCUAAAGGCUGCUGGUUUUAUGUGAAUCUACUCCUGAUUCUGAAGUUGCUACAUUGAUUGCUAUUGGUAUGUUAAGCUGGAAAAAAUCAGAAAGCCCCUUUCGAGCUGACAUUAGAAAUUGCCAAAGUGGAGAUAAGAGCCUGAGAGAAUGUGUUUUGCUGCUGAGCUUUUCUCAUUAAGUAGUCAAGGACAAAACUGGAUUUUCUUCCUAUAUACAAGUGUCUUUAAGGCUUAGAUGGGGAACCUGUGGUCUUCCAGAUGUUGUUGAACUCAGACCGCCACCAUCCUUGCCCAGUUAUUGCCCAACAGUAUCUGUACCAGAGUCUUGUCAAGCAAAAGAAACCUCUUCGCCAGGCUUCCUACUGUUGUAUUAGCCAUUAGAAAAUACAAAUGGUCUGCAAAAGUCUUUAGUUUUUGACUGACACCAAAUGGGCAUUUACUCUUCUGUUACCACAACAUCAUCUCAUGGACUACUGCACAAGCUGACAGCUACAUUGCACCAUAUGCUGUAAAAAUUAAAUACAGUUCCAUGUUCUUAAUUAUUUUGUCCCUUUGCAAUGCAGUACUCACCACUGUGCCAUUUAACUGAUGGCAUGCUGAGUCUUGCAUUGAAUCUGAAGUUUCUGGAAGCAAAUCUACUUAUGUUCCCUUUUGCACCAUACAAUGGUGAGCAUUAGGAAUCUUUUAAAAAUAUCUUUUUGCAACAAGCCAAUAAUCCAGCAUGUAUUUCCCACCAUGGCUAGCCAAGCACCCUUAGGAGUACAUAUAUAAGUAACACAUAAUAGCUAUAGUCUUCCCCCAGCAUUUGGAUCCAACAUUUGCCAAGCAGGUACCAGAUGUGUUCAGACAUAACUCUAAAUCAUGGUUUACCAUUACGAACAUUGGGUUUAGAAAAUUCCUUUUCCCAAACUGAAGACUAGUUGUCAGGAGGAAGCUAAAUGUCUUAAUUCCCACUUUUGAUUAAUUUAUUGAAGUUACCUUCAUAAACUUUGUUUUGAAGUUGGUUAGAUUCAAAUGCCACUGCAAUUUGUAAAUGAACUCGAAUGCAAACAUAUACUUUUGAAUUUCCUAUGGCCACAGUGGAGAAGAUAACAGGGGAGCGCUCUCGUAAUGCCAAAUUACAGUUUACUGUUAUGUCCAAACUGGAGCACCAUCUCUGAAUAUAAUAGAUGACAUCAUGUUAGUGAUCUAUGCAGGUGUAAGACUAAUUUAUGUAUGCCUAUAUGUUGAUUGAUUUGUUUUAUGUAGUGCAUAGUAGGGUGAGAGGGAUUAUCACUAUGGAAGUUGGAAUUCUCUGCUUUCUUGUCCAAAGCCCAAGAGCUCCUGAAGACCUACCUUUUUCAAGCUUCCUUACAGGGUCUUCUGGAGCAGGGCCUCUUCAACUUUUCAUUCACAACCCCUUUCCACCUGAGACAUUUUUACAUGACCCCCAGUUAUGUAUGUAUAUAUGACAGGUAUAAAAACCAAACAUUGUUGAUAACAAAUCAGCAUUUGCAAGGCUUGCUAAACAGGCUGAUUUUCCUUCUCAUUAAGUGGAAAUAUUUUCUGCAGAGUCCACAUUGUUGCUUGCUACCAGAUUCGUGUAAAUGUCUAUGCUGGCCACUGGGUGGUGUUCAGAAACCUUUUACUGUUACUAAUUUUUGUGACCCCCAUUUUCUCUUAUGGGACCCCAUUUGAGUUUGUUACCCAUAGUUCAAGAAGCAGUACCCUAGGGGUCCUGGGUGAUUUUUUUUUUCAUGUCAGGAGUGACUUGAGAAACUGCAAGUCACUUCUGGUGUGAGAGAAUUGGCCGUCUGCAAGGACAUUGCCGAGGGCAUACCCGGAUGUUUUGAUGUUUUACCAUCCUUGUGGGAGGCUUCUCUCAUGUCCCUGCAUAGAGUUGGAGCUGACAGAGGGAGCUCAUCCACACUCUCCCCAGAUUUGAACUGGCAACCUUCAGGUCAGCAACCCAACCUUCAAGUCAGCAGUCCUGCAGGCACAAGGGUUUAACCCAUUGUGCCACUGGGGGCUCCUGGGAGAUAAUGUAAUUAUUGUGUAUUUAGCUAUGUGAUUAUAUAUCCAAGUACUACUCAGUCUUCCCCCACUUCACCAGCCACUGCUUAUGUAGAAAGGUAUAUGUCUAGGGUUUAGAAAACUGGAGUUGGUUUUGUAAGGAAUCACACAACUUAGUACUAUUUCAUAUUAUUUCUUAUACUAGAAUCUGACAAUCUAUCAGAUUUACCAAAUUACUCAAAAUAAAAUCAGCUCAUCCAAGCCUGAAAUACUAAAAUAGUUAAGUUGCCUUGACAAUCUGUAGAAAAAGUAAGAGUGUAAUUCUAGGGAAGGGCAGUAUAUGCAGCACUCCAGAUAUUGGUGGGCAUCAACUCUCAGCAUUAUUCACCACUUUCUAUAAGUGGUUAAGGCUUAUAGAAACAAGUUGCAGUUCAACAACAUCUGAAAGACUAUAUGCCAAUGCCAUAUCAGACUUGAAGAUAAGAUUAAGAACAAAUUCUUACUCUUAAAUUGAUAGUCAGUGUUGUGCAUUGGAUUAUGCCUACAGAAACCAGGGUUCAAUUCCCUGUUUAGCCAUGGAAACCCACUGGUUGACCUUGGGCAAGUCACACAGUCACACAGUCACACCCAGAAAACCUUGUAAGAGGCAUCAAAAAUCGGAAAUGACACGAUAACAACAUAUCAAGCUGAGGAAUGUCCCCACACUAUUUGAUAUGUGACAUGUGAUAAGUAGGUGCAAAUUAUACUGAAUACUUCGCAUUUAAAACACAUACAUUAUUUAAAAUUAAUUGAGACAGUUCCACAUGGCCUGAUCUGUCUAGCGUCGAGAUGGGAAGAAUGUGAUCCUCCAGAGCAGGCCUGCACAACCUGAGUCCCUCCAGCUGCUUUGGCCUCCAACUCCCAGAAUCCCUGGCCAUUGGGCAAGCUGACUAGGGCUUCUGGGAGUUGGAGGCCAAAACAGCUGGGGAGGGGCAGAUUGUGGAGGCCUGCUCCAGAGCCAGUGGCAAAGGAUGACGGAGCUGCAAUCCAAAAGUGUGGGUGACCAUGUUACAAAUCCAUGAUUAAUUGGUAGUUUCCCUUGGGUCUCCAGAUGAUGUUGGGCCAUAACUUCUGGGAUUCCUGAGUAUUAAUCAUAAACUAGAGCUGAAAUCUAACAACAUCUAGGGAGCAUUUCCAGCAUGAAGGGGCAAUUCCCAAUGUGCAACUUUACUCUGUCAAAAUGAGGCCUUCUGAACUUUUGCCCUCACAGUCUAGUACACGAAGCUUCACAUCUUUGCCUCGAGAUACAACCUUACAGACUAAUCUUCAAUGAGAACAUGGAUUUUGUUUCCUGUAGCUUCCCAUCUGACACACAGGAGAAGGGCUUGUUUCCAGCUCUAUGAAUUCCAGAAUUUUUGCAGGCUCCCGGCUAUCACUUCUUGUAUCAUAGAAUUAUAGAGCUGGAAGAGACCUCAUCCAGCCCAGGUUAAGUGUCACGAGUCCAGGUCUUUCCGCAGUUAGCACAGGUGUUUCAGCCGCAGCCUGACCAGGGUCCAUGAUAUUAUACAGUAAACUACUGAUCAGCGGAGCCCCUGGUGGUGCAGUGGAUUAAACCUCUGAGCUGUUGAACUUGCUGAUCGAAAUAUCUGCAGUUUGAAUCCGGGGAGCAGGGUGAGCUCUCGCUGUUAGCUCCAGCUUCUGCCAACCUAGCAGUUCUAAAACAUGCAAAUGUGAGUAGAUCAAUAGGUCCGGCGGGAAGGUAACGGUGCUCCAUGCAGUCAUGCCGGCCACAUGACCUUGGAGGUGUCUACAGACAACGCUGGCUCUUCGGCUUAGAAAUGGAGAUGAGCACCAACCCCCAGAGUUGGACACGACUAGACUUAACGUCAGGGGAACCUUUAUCUUUACCUUACUGAUCAGCAGGUAGCCAAAAUGCCCCGUAAUCAGCUCAGUGAGCACACAAAGCUUUCCCAGCCAUGGAAGAGGCCCCAUGUCAAUGAAAAGAGAUAAUCUGCACAUAAAGUUCAUUUUGCUUGCAGGUUAGCUUCCCUUCUUAUAAUUUUCAGGGAUGCCAAUAUACUACUUCUAUGUAUAUAUAUCUUGAGACCUUUCUGAUGCAGUGGAAAAAUGGGAGUAGGGACUUCAGGGUACAAACUGAUUUUUGAAUUUCCACAACCUUCUUCAAUCUUCAUAUUUUAGGCUACAACUUCAGCAUCCCCCCCUAACAACUAUGGCCAAAUAUGAUUACACAGAAAAACCCACCUUCUUAAAAGACAAAAAUUUAGAGCAUUUUCAUGCUUGUAAAUGGUGCGGGUGCAGUCUUUUCAUAAGGUACCACUGGUUCAGUAUGUAAAAACCAGAUUGAAAGAGACUUUUCCCCCCAUGUCUGCUGAGAAUGCAAUUCUUGAAAUGUUUUUCCUUCUCCAUUUUUCUAUGCUCCCAUGCCUCUUCCUGAUACUCACUUGGGAUUUGCUGAUAUAUUUUAGUCCAAUGGUGCUAAUGUUAAGCGAAUCUAAGCUUAUGCUUCAUGUUGGUCUGCUGCUUCACAAUAAAAAAAAAAAAUCCGCUUCA